AUGGACUACAAAAUACCCGAUCUCCGUUUCGAGGAGACUUUUGUGGCCUCUCUCAACGCCUACGCCCACCCCGAACAAGCAGCAGCCCAAGCAAAGUCCCAGACGUCUUUUUAUAGUCGUCAGAAACGCCGCCAUAAGCAUGAAUUGACAGAUGAAGAACUCGAUUUGCAACCAAAACCUCUUCCCAUUCCCACAAGUGUGGUACUUUACGCCAUAAUCAAAGACCAAAUCGUGCUGCCGCUUCUCCUGGGCUUCCUCUGGACAGGAAUCCUUAUGGUCUGUGGACCCAUUCUUUGGCAAAUCACCAACCACGGCCAACGGUGCGGAAUAUGGCUCGCGAACAUUUUGCACCUAAAUGGCGGCCCACCAUCAUUUUUGAAACCAAAGUUCACGACGGUAUAA